AACUCAAAUCAACUGACGACAAAAGUCAACUUUCUGCGAAGUUGCCUGUCAAUUUAUUAUUAUUGUUUCGUUGCAUUCUAAAGUGUAGUUAAUUUUCACAUAUUCAAAUAAGUUUUGGAAACUUUUCGCAAUGGGUAAUAAAUCUUCCUUGUUACUGCGUCCGGAGGAAAUUGCUCAAAUUCAAGAAGAGACUGGAUUCACGCCUAACCAAAUUGAGCGACUCUACUCCCGUUUCACUUCAUUGGAUCGCGGUGAUUGCGGCACGUUAUCUCGUGAGGACUUCCUGCGAAUUCCCGAAUUAGCAAUUAACCCGCUCUGCGAGCGCAUCGUACAUGCUUUCUUUGAAGACAGUACCGAUGAUCGUGUUAAUUUUCGACAAUUUAUGAAUGUUUUGGCUCACUUCCGACCAAUUAACUCCAAAAAAGAAAACGGUUUAAACAGUCGCGAAGAAAAGCUAAAGUUUGCAUUCAAAAUGUACGACCUGGAUGAUGACGGUGUUAUAAGCCGCGACGAGCUAUUGAGUAUUCUCCACAUGAUGGUCGGUGCUAAUAUAAGCCAAGACCAGCUAAUAAGCAUAGCCGAACGUACUAUUUUGGAAGCAGAUUUAUGUUGUCAAGGCAAAAUUUCCUUUGAGGACUUUUGUAAAGCUCUGGAGCGUACUGACGUGGAGCAAAAGAUGUCAAUUCGAUUUCUUAAUUGAACUAACAUUUACGUAGUUUGUAUUAAGCAUUUUUUUGUCUGACACUAUGUAAAAAUAUGCAAAGAAGUCAAGUCUUACAAAUAUAGUUUUCCAAAAUAUAUUGAUUUUUACAU